AUGACUUCACCCAGACGUGUCGUCUUUUUCCUGUUCUUGGUUUUGAUUUUCUUUUUGUUUGUAAUUCUCUUUUACAAUAUUAACGGCAUUGAAAGAAGACCGCCAAAAACCAGUCUCAAACAUGGUUUGGAUCCACUGUACGAGGAGAAUAGAGUACUCUGCAUGAUACCGUAUGACUAUUAUAACCCUAAUACUGCCAAAUAUGUAAAGCGCACUUGGGGAAAGCAUUGUAACGUAUUGCUUUUUGUGAGUGGCGAUGUCGAUGAUGAACUGGAACCCUACGUGCCUGUGAUUAAUUCCACGGAUACGUGGACUUUGGUCCAGCGAGGACUGAUGCACGCCUAUCGAUUCUAUGCCGACCAAGUCGACUGGUUUCUCAGGGUAGAGCCCUCUAGCUUUGUUGUUGUGGAGAAUCUCCGGUAUAUGAUAGGCCAACGGAAUUAUUUACCCAGUCAACCGAUAUACUUUGGCUACGAGCUCGAGAAUAUAGUCACGCAUAAGCCCUUUGUCCACCACCAAAGUGGCUACGUAAUCAGUCGCGAGGCCUUAAGGCGGUAUACAAAUGCAUCGAAGGAUCCGGAGAAUAGAGAAUGCCAGCACUGGCAGGGAUAUACUGAAGGACUGGAUAUAUUUCGCUGUCUGAACCAUGUUAAUGUAACCAUAGCCGAAAGUCGCGAUGAAUUGGGAAACGAAACUUUCUCACCUAUUGCAAUGGACCACCAUUUCUUGGAUGGCUACAAUAAUAUUCCUUGGCUCCAUAAUCUAACAUAUCAUAAGGUCCCUGAGACAACAGUGCCCCUAUCCGAGCGCGCCAUAAGUUUUCGUGUAGCAUAUCCGCCUCAAAUGUAUGAUUAUUAUUAUUUUGUUUAUGGAAUGAGAAUCUUUGGCACUCCCAUGCAAAACACAAUUGAAUUUAGACCUUAAUAAAGGACUCACCUCAGGCAGCUGUCUACGAUUUUCCUUCCUGAUGUUUCAAUUACACCGGGACCGAGGGCUUUGGUUACUUCCUAGUAAUGCCAAGUAACCCACAUAUCAUGUACUCCAUCACAUAAUUCAUUUCACAUACGGGAAAAGGGGGAGGAUAAACGUGUUCAUCAAUGAAUCUGUCGACUCGCCUGGAGUCUCAUUUUCCCAGUGCCCUUUGUCUGUGCAAAAUUACUUCCGUUUUUCUUCGAUUUUGGUCUCUUUUUUGCCCAACUGCCAAGUGUCAUUGUUACAUCAUGUCUGUGGGGAAGGGAAAUAUCCGUAUGAAUGCAAUAUUGCACUUUUCCCUGCUUCCUGUAACCUUAAUCAUGUGUAGGCCUUGGCUUACCUGCUAGAUGCCACAACUCAUCUGGUAACUUGAGCACGUAAACUGAGACAUUAAUGUCCCACAUAAGCAGAAUAUCGCUUACCUUUCACAGGUUUCACAUGAAAACCAUACAUAGUUGCUCACAUGUGUUUAUUGAAAUCUAUACAAACAUUUGUGGGCCUUUUGUUUUUGCAACAAUGGAGGAGGCGAGCGGUUGAAUAAUCUUUUUUUAUAUAUUUUUGACAGCUAUUUGUUUUGUUGAGCAGGCCAAAAAUAGAUACGAGUAUCUAUGCAAAUCAGGAAACGUGUUUGAAACGAAUCAAAACUUGUGGGUUCGGGUUCCAUGAAAAGUGUCACAACAUGGCCUAGGGAAAGGGGGAACAAAAGUGCCAGAUGAGGUGGCCAAGUAAUCGAUACUCCACUUUAAAUUUGUCUAGUUUCUAGUUUAGUCAACAUUUUAUGGCCUGACCAAACCCUUUCCGGACUUUCCGAACCACUCUUGUCGCCCCUCCACUUUCAACUGCCAAGUUUUGCAUCAACUCAAAAGCCAUUCGCAUCAAUGAAAGACGAUGGCGAAACGUCUUCGCAGGCGAAGUCGUCAGGUGGGUUAAUAAUUCUAAUUGAAAAAGGCAAUUUGUAUGCGGCGGGCGAAGGGAAACCAAAGGCACCACGGACAGACAAAAGCACUCAAUAUAAUUAAAUUGACGACGGACCACCCAGCGCCAAUAACUCCACCAUCUGCACCAGCAAUUCAAGUAAUAGUUUCAAAAUGCCACGACUAGUUCAAU